AUGGCAUCCGACCACUCCGAAGCCAACGUCCUGGAGCCGCCAGCCGCGGAGCCGCCAUCCGAAGAGGAGCUUGCCUCCUUCUUCUAUGGGCUGCUGAGCCGGCCGCGUCUGGUUGCCAGAACAGACGUUGCCGAGAGACCAUGGAUCGCGCCUCUGUAUCGCGAGAUGGAAGUGGUUUCCGACCGGGACUUUGUCGACCGGUGGAACACGGCCAAGACCGCCGUCACGGACGCGCUCCGGACGACGCUGGCCAAGCACGGCGCAGACUGGACGAUCCUGCUGCCCGUGGUUCUCGGCGCGGCAGUGAUCCGCCCCGCAUGGCAUGACGAGAGCAAGGAGCCCGCCAAGUGGACUGCUUUGGCAGCCCAGGCCGCCGACAAGGUGCCCUCGCUGCUCGUUGGCGUGCGCCGCGGAACGUGUACCUGGCAGAACGGCCUUGCCGCCGCGACCGAUUGCCGUGCCGUCGUCGCCGACCACAUUGGCGCCCACGUGCACGUGUAUGUGGCCGAGCUCGGUCUUAUCUCGCUCGCCGAAACCGAUGCCAGUUCUGGUGCCGGUGCCGCUCCCCACGAGCCGGAUGCAGGACCGUGCUCCGUCCCUCUUCCGCCCUCCUCAUCUUCGUCGUCGUCGUCCUCCUCGUCAUCCUCCCCUGAGCCAAAGAAGAGCGGCCUGCCACCGCUGUUCGAUGUGUUUGAUGGCCGUUAUGGCGAGACGGGCCCCGGUGCUGUAUACAUGCACCAUCUUGCUCCUGUCAUGCAGGCGGUCAAUGACCCGAUUGUGCGAUUUCUCCCAUACCCUGGCCAGCGCAUUCAACAGGUGGCACCCGACAACAAGAAUCAAGGCCUCUCCGGGACCUUGUCCUGUUACUUGCGUCUGACCGCCGCAGACGGCUCGCUGCAUGGUGGCCUGUACGGCCUUGCCUCCCGCCACGUUGUGGUCGGCGACAAGUUUGCGCACGGCCGCGACUAUCUAGCGCCUCCGAACACCGGCAAAGUGACAGAAGGAGGCCUCCCGACAGAAUAUCCUGCGCUCCCUGUUUCAUGGGGACGCAGCGACGAGAUCGCUGAGAGCCGCCGCCUCCUGGAAGAGACUGCGAGCGAGCUGCAUGGGCGGCUCCACUUUGUUCGCAAGCACGUGGCCCCCCACGACAGCGACGAGUUGGCCUUUGCGCAGCUGCAACUCGGCGACGCCUGCGUGCGUGACUACAUCCCAUCGGCGAUGCAUGCGCUGCAAUCUGCGGCCCACACCGACAAUUUCGACUCCCGGGAAGGGGACAGCAGCAGCAACAGCGACAACGACAGCGACGCUGCAUGCCACCGGUCCCUUGGACAUGUCGAAUUCUCUGGUGCCCAUCGCCACAACCGCCAGAGCGGCUGGAACGAUUGGGCUCUGGUCAAGCUCGACCACACCGGGCCGCUGCCGGGCCCCAGUCCGAGCGGUGCGGAUAUCGAGGGUCCUGCUGUCCGGGCACCGCCCUUUUACACCAACAACGCCUACUUUGGCCGUUUUUUUGCUCGCAUUGAGCUGGAUGCCAGGAGGCUGAAGAUUGCCCAGUCCGAGCGUUACGCCUUGGCGGCGAAAUGCGACCGAGCGGGAUUCGUCCGUUUGUCGUUACCACGGGCCACCGCGCAUGACAAGAGAGAGGAGAGUGCCGAUCGCGACAUAACCACGCCUACGGCGCAACAGGGUGCCGGCAGUAACGACCAGGGCCGGAAACAGUCCGACAACGGACGGGUCCCCACCCGUUACGUCUACAAGCGUGGUGCUGCUACAGGCGUGUCGAUAGGCUUCUUAAGCCCGGUGGAAGCCGUCCUACGCACACCCGUGCCCGGCGAGAACGACAUCGUUUCGUGGUCCUGGCCGGUGUUGGGGCUUGUCUGUGAGCGGGACCGGCGUGGCACGAAAUCCUACCCGGAGCUGUUCAGCCUCGGGGGCGACUCUGGCGCGUGCGUCUUUGACGCAACGGGUGCCAUCGUCUGCAUGCUCGACGCCGGUGUUGGUGCCGACGAGGCGGUGACCGUCGUCGGCAUGCACCCUGGUGUGCGAUCUGCCGUUGACGAGGACAAGGCAGAGGGCCGCAAAGUCGGCGUGGUGGACAUCACGCUCACGACUCCCAUCGAGUGGGUGCUGGAGGACAUCCAGCGCGUGACGGGUCUGACGCCCACCAUGCCUUGA